AUGAUGGUAAAUAUAACUUUUAGAUCAAUGGAUGAAACCACUUUCACUUGCUCCAUGGACACUUCAACCUCGGUAAGGCGUAUCAAGGCUUUUAUUGAGCUUUACAAUGGGUCUCCAGCAAACUCCCUAAGGUUGAUCUACAGGGGUCAGCUCCUCAAGGAUGAUUACACCCUUGAUUCCUACAAUAUUACCACCGAUAAUACCAUACACGUUGUUUGUAACAACCCCCCAAAUGCAAAUAAUAAUAAUACAGAAAAUAAUGCUAAUAACAUGGAAAGUAAUACAAAUGGCAUAGAAAAUAAUACCAAUAACAUGGAAAACAAUACUCAAAAUAAUAGUGACAAUGGGGAAAAUUACAGUCAAAAUGACAGCAACAAUGCUACAAAUAAUAAUAAUGAUCAGAACAAUAGUAACAAUUAUACAAAUACUAGUAACAACGGGCCAAAUUAUAGUUAUUACGGUACUACUAAUACGAGCAGGAUGGUUUACGGUAUACCAAUGGGUAUAUAUAUGAGUCCAAUAUACACCACUGUUACUGUACCUGACAAUGAUACUGCUAACCCUGAUACUACCAAUUCUAGCACUGCUGGUGCCGGUGGAAAUGCUGGAUUUAAUAAUUUGGGAACAUUAGUUUCACGGGUUAUUACAACUGCCGUUAACUCGUUUAUUUCCAACUUAGGCCCUGUAAAUACUGGAAGCCACACAUAUACUAAUACACCUAACCCCAAUAAUAGUUUCAAUCAAACUAAUAAUACACCAAAUGCCAAUACUAAUAAUACGGCAAAUACUUUUAAUUUCACUAAUAUACCAUCAAACGGCAACAAUAUGCCCAGUACCGAACCAAACACUUAUAGUGAUCCUAAUACUGUAAACAAUUAUGAUGAUAGAAUAGAAAGUGUAAUGAUUCAAGAAUUGGAUAAAAUCAAUUUUUUAAUGAAUCAAAUUAUUAACUCUUUGAUAGUGUAUUCUUCACCAAGAAGUAACACAAGAUACAAUAACUUACAAUGUAAUAAUAUAAAUCAAAUGCUAAAUGAAUUACUAGAAGCCUUAGAAUUAAGAUUAUCACUACCAAAUACCCAAACCAAUUUACAAAAUAAUAUGAUUCAUGGUAAUAAUAGUUUGGUAACUGAUGGAAAUUUCAUAUCUAGAUUUCAAAAUAUUUUGGUAAAUUUAAUUUCUGAGAUUAGACUGACGCUUACGAAUAACAGUGUGGAGGUACGAGAAAGAUAUAAAGGAUUAAUAGAAGUUCUGUUAUUAAUAAUAAACUUACUCGUUCAAGUAACUUUACAGUUUUACUUACAGUAUUUGAACACAUCCCCAAAUUCUUCAUCAGAUCAGUUUCUCUCAAUUUUUCAAAAUCACAUCAAUAACAAUACACAUACUACUGAUACCGCUAAUGAUACAACAAAUGGUGUAAAUAAUGGUAUGGAUGACACAGCUGAGGUCGAUGUUGACGAAAAUGAUAAUAUUAUGGUGAAAUACACCAAUAAUCCGGAAUUCAAGAGCAAAAUGGACCGAAUAAAGAAAAUUAAGUUUUCAAACUCUUACCAUAUGUAA